AUGUCUCUCAGGCGCACGCCUCCCAAGACCUCCGCCUCCGCAACGCAACGGGCCCGCUCCGCGUUGCAGCCCCCCGUCGGCCCCGCUACCGCUACGAUGAAUUCCCCGGUGUUCAGUCAGACAAGCGGCGAAUCCGACGCCGUUGCGGCCCAUAGUACAGAUCAAUUUCGUGACUCACCGUCGCAACUUACACGUACGGCUCUGUCACUUAAUGAUUUAGCGUGCGACGAUAUUGUAACGAAACGCGUUAAGCGUAAAUUUGACUUAGAGGGCGGCAGCCAAGAAUUUUCUCAGUCCACUACAUCUUUUAUAGAAGAUUUAUUUUCGUCCUUCUCUACUAAAAUUGAAAAGCGCUUUGCAGCACUGCAUGUUUCAGUAAAUCAAAUCGCCGAUCAAAACUGUGACAUGCAAAAAAGUCUGAGUUUUAUGAAUGAAAAGUAUGACCACUUAUUAGAAAAAUUAAAAACGAUGGAGGAAGAACGUUUAAACGACAAAAAAAACAAUUCAGACUUUGGAGGACAAAAUUGA